UAUGAAAAUCAUUAUGUUUAUCUCAAACAUACGGCAAACCCUUAUAUCAUUUCGGUAAAACCAAUGGAAUAAUCAUGAACCGAGGGGUCUUUAUAACAAUAGUUCUCAUAUUUGAAGCAACAAUUGCCGAUGUAGCUCAGAAUAUUCUAACUGACCGGCGUCUACGAGCUAAAUAUGAAAUAGAAGAAAGGUCCCGCAAUGCACUCCAACCGAUUCAUGACAGUCAGGAAAUAACUCAAGUCACCAUCGUACCAAAAUCUCCUGAAUCCACACUACAGGAAAACCUUACUAAAAACAAAGCAGUUUGUGGGCUCCAAGGAACAUGGAUAAACAGCCACGGAUCAGAAUUUACCUUAAAUGUGACAAAGGAAGGCCACUUGAUCGGAAAAUAUAUGACAGCAGUUGAAGCAACGGAAGGUGCCGCUGGGCCAGGGUACGCUCACAUUCUUGGGCAUGCUUCUCCAGGGGGAAAACAUCGUACCUUUGGAUUUACGGUUAAUUGGAAUGAAGGGACUUCGACUACUAGCUGGACUGGUCAGUGCUUUGUCUGUGAUGGGCAAGAGGUAUUGAAAACUACCUGGAUUCUUUCGAGUGAAGUGGCCACCUGCAAUGAACACUGGUUGGCAAACAGAGUUGGACAAGACGUGUUUACCCGCAGCGUCAAGCAAACACCAUAAACAACUACAUUAAAGUGUAUAAACAUCUAGUUAGAGUAUUAAGCUUACUGUUAAACUUUUGACGACUAUAUAAUACAAUAGUUCAUUUGCUAUCAUUAAGAUAAUAUUCUUCGUACAAUUUACAAAUGCUUAAAAUAUAAUUAUAUUAUGUUCGGUAUUUCCAGUUAACUACAAUUUGUUUAAAGUAAAUUGAAAUACAUAUUAAAACUUAAAGACUGAUAGUCUGCCCUGGAAGUUCUGAUUUUAUAAAUAAAUUUUCAGCUCAUAAUCCGUUCACCACAGAUUAUCAAAUUUUAAUUUAUUUUAUUUCAUCUCACAUCCAAACAAUAGCGCAGAACUAAGUUCAAUAAAACAUUAUUUACAAGCAUCAAAAACUAGUGAUGUCCAACUACGCAUGCACUAGAGUGUGAAGCCUCAGUUGCUUUAAUAGGAAUUGAAUUCCCAAAGAAGCCUCAAUGGCCCAUUUGUUAAAAGUGUCUGUAUAGACAGGAUGGUCUCGGGUUCAAAUUCCGUUUUACACAACCAUAUAUACUCGCACAUUCCUCUUUAACGUUCAAUGUAUAUCCUUUUUAUUAACGUUCAACAUAUGUUAUAAUAACAAAACAUAUAUCUAUUAUAUCAUUUUAUUUCCCCGCCGGAUCGCCUACAUGCUCUUUUCCAAUUUACUACGGUCGGCAACCCAUCGGGUCGCAACCCAAGUUUGGGUCGUAAGUGAAUUUUUAAGGGUUGUCAGAUCGCGUCUUUGUCUCCUAUGGAAGGCAAUCGCCGCCAAAAAUACAGUUACAAACGAACAACCUACUCGCAAAAACGUAACCUACUCGUAGAAACGUACAACCUACUCGCAGAAAUGAACUACCUACUCGCAGAAGCGAACAACCUACUCGCAGAAAUGAACAACCUACUCGCAGAAACCUACAACGCACACGCUGUAAAGGACAACGUUAGACUUGCACAGAAAUGUAC